AUGAUUACCUCAGAGAGAUCAACCUGCGCCCUACGCCUCUGUGAUCUACCUGAUGCAUCCACACGAGAAAAACUCAAGCUGAUCUGGAAGACAACUUCCAGGAGUGUCCAUGACUUCAUGACUACCCUCCGGCCUGAGAUCAGAGACCAGUACUCAGCACUCUGCAACGCUUUGUGCGAGGAAUUCUCCACCUACACCGACCCUGUAUCUGCCCCUCUUAGAGCCUUUAGUGUCUGGCACCAGAAGCAUGAGGCACCCAAAGAUUAUUACCGGCGCCUAAAAUCUGCAUAUUUCCAGGGACGUAAUGCUCCAGGUUUGGAAGAGGACCAGACUUUCAAGUCCUUAUUCCUGCACAAUCUGCAUGGCUGUGUGCGUUACGAUGUCACCAUGCAUUGCCGAACACAUCAGCUUGGUAUGCCAGAAAUCAAGAAAUUUGCACAGUAUGCAGUGUCUGGACUCUGUUCCUCUCCCUCAGCUCUGGGCUUGUGUCUCAGCGGUUGUCGCAGUUUCUCUGCGCUGGCCGAGUUACCGGACACUCAUCAGAUCCUCAGACAAACCUGCAGAGACUUCGCCGACAGAGAACUGACCCCCAUCGCUGGCAGACUAGACAGAGAGCAUGCCUUUCCCCUGAAACAGGUUCAGGAGCUGGGAGCGAUGGGCGUGAUGGCCAUGGAGGUCCCGGAGGAGCUGGGCGGAGCCGGGAUGGACUACCUGGCGUACAGUUUGGCGGUGGAGGAGAUCAGCAGAGGCUGCGCCAGCACGGGAUGCGUGGUGUCCGUUAACAACUCGCUCUACAUCGGACCCGUCCUGAAGUUCGGCACAGAGGAACAGAAGACGGAGUGGAUCACGCCGUUCACCACCGGGGAGAAGGUGGGCUGCUUCGCCCUCAGCGAGCCGGGUAACGGCAGCGACGCGGGCGCGGCGUCCACGGUGGCUCGUCAGGAGGGAGACGAGUGGGUGCUGAACGGAACCAAAGCCUGGAUCACCAACAGCUGGGACGCCGCGGCCACCGUCGUGUUCGCCACCACGGACAAGAAGCUCAAACACAAGGGCAUCAGCGCCUUCCUGAUCCCGAUGCCUCACCCGGGCCUCUCUCUGGGGAAGAAGGAGGACAAGCUGGGCAUCAAAGCCACGUCCACGGCCAACAUCAUCCUGGAGGACUGCAGGGUGCCGCUGGGGAACAUGCUGGGUCCUCGAGGUGCAGGAUUCAAGAUCGCCAUGCAAACUCUGGACAGCGGGAGGAUCGGUAUCGCCGCUCAGGCUCUCGGUAUCGCUCAGGCCUCUCUGGACUGCGCCGCAGACUACGCACACAAACGCAUCGCUUUCGGAGCGCCCAUCGGAAAACUGCAGGCCGUACAGUUCAAACUUGCCGACAUGAACGUGGCGGUGGAGAGCGCUCGUCUGCUCACCUGGAAGGCCGCCCUCCUUCGAGAUUCAAAGAAACCUUUCACAAAGGAAGCAGCCAUGGCCAAACUCACCGCAUCAGAAGCCGUCACAUUCUGCUCUCAUCAGGCGAUCCAGGUUCUGGGUGGGAUGGGCUACGUGUCAGACAUGCCCGCUGAGAGGCACUACCGCGACGCUCGCAUCACAGAGAUCUACGAGGGCACGAGUGAGAUCCAGAGGCUGGUGAUCGCCGGCCAGAUCCUGAAGGAAUACCAAGCAUAGACGCCGCACGCCACAAUAUGGACGAGUAAUAAUCACGCACACUGGGACAUCACCUCAUUCAUUCAGAUUUAAAAGGAGCCGCGUUGAUCGGGUGAGACCUCAUCUGAGUUUCACGUGAUUGUGCGUGCCCGUUACCUCCGCCGUCUCGUGUGUCGGUGAACUACAGGAGAGGCCACUUAAUGUUUGGAAAAGAGCGCCGGUGACUUCAACAGCGCCUUCCUGAAAAGUUGAGUGAUUUUCAAUUUGACGGAUGGAGCGGGUGGAGCGCUCAGAAAAAAGACGCUGGCGUUUGAUUUUUUUCAAGGCGGCCGCUUUCUCCUGAGAACGAUCUCAGAUGCUGGCGCUCAGAAAAAAAAAAACACCAGGUGGACACGGGGCCUUCGAUGUCAUUUUAUAACACAUCUCUGCAAAGAACUUUAUAAAGCAACUCAUAAAAACGUCCCCUGUCGACCUUAUUUUACUGACUGACAUGUUGAGUAAUUUCAUGUGAAUGUGAAGAGCUGCAGAUUAAAGCGUCACUUUCCCGUUGUGGUUAUAUCCAUAACUUUAGAGCGCUCGCCUUUUAAAUAAAACACAUAGAAAUGUUGUGGUUUGUAAAAGACGAAACAGAAGCUGUGUGGUUGACCUUAAAGGAAGAAUCUGCAACUUUUUUUGAUCCAGUAGAUGUUGCCCAUGAGCUCCAGAAUUAAACCAAAACAAACUGCUGUUAGGCCACGCCUCCUCCAGAGACACACCUCCAACCCCCCCGUCCCCUCACGCUCACAGGAAGGAGUUGUUGAUUAAGAACGCACCAUAAUUAAAAUGGUCCUUAUCUCGA